AUGGCUAACGCAACGACGCCUCUCCUUGCCGACGACCGUCGCGGUUCGCACACCGGCUCGGACCACAUGUCAGAUUCUGAUGAAGAUGCUCUGCGAGGGGAGUCCCGAGCAACCCAUAGCGGACGGUCGUUCUAUGUUCGUCUGCGAGAAUCCCUCCUCUUUGCCUGGGCCUUGCUAGCGACAGCAGGCAUACUGGUCAUGGCUGUCUGGGUGUCGCACAGCCAGCAAACUGCCUACAACAAACCUGCUGGAAAGCGCAACCUGAUAUUUAUGGUGUCUGAUGGCAUGGGCCCGGCUUCCCUAUCCCUGACCCGUAGCUUCAGACAAUACACCGAAGGCCUCGAAUAUGACGAUACCCUCACUCUCGACAAGCACUUCUGGGGAACGAGCCGAACUCGGAGUAGCUCCUCUCUCGUGACCGACAGCGCCGCUGGUGCAACAGCCUUCAGCUGCGGAAAGAAGAGCUACAAUGGUGCAAUUUCGAUGCUGCCCGACUCGACCCCUUGCGGCACUGUGCUAGAAGCUGCGAAAAGAGCUGGAUAUACUACAGGCUUGGUUGUCACGACAGACAUCACAGAUGCGACGCCGGCUUGCUUUGCCAGCCAUGUCGAUGUGCGAUCACAGAACGACGACAUUGCUCUUCAGGAGGUCGGACAUGGGCCUCUCGAUCGAGUCGUGGAUUUGAUGUUCGGAGGUGGCAGGUGCCACUUUCUACCCAACGGCACCGAAGGUGGCUGCCGUGAGGAUACAAUAGAUGUCGUGGAAAUGGCACAGAAAGACUACGGAUGGAACUACAUCAGCGACAGAGCAGCUUUUGACGAAUACUGGGAGGGCAAGAAAGAGGUCCCGCUACCGAUGCUAGGACUCUUUGCCGACACAGACAUUCCCUUCGAACUAGACAGGCGGAACAUGAACGAGAUAUAUCCAAGCUUGAGCGAGAUGGCCAAAACCGCGCUGAGAGCACUGGAGAAGGCGACGGAAGACAGCGACAAGGGCUUCUUCCUGAUGAUCGAGGGUAGCAGAAUCGAUCAUGCUGGGCAUGGUAACGACCCUUCAGCUCAAGUUCGAGAGGUCCUCGAGUACGACAAGGCUUUUAAGGCUGUACUAGACUUCCUGGAUGAAAGCAAGACUGAUGGAGUCAUGGUGGCCACCAGUGACCAUGAGACUGGUGGUCUAUCUGUCGCCCGUCAGGUCCACGUCAACUACCCGCAGUAUCUUUGGUACCCUGCUGUUCUGGCGAACGUCACGGCAUCCUCGGAACACCUUGCCCGCCAGCUCCAGGAGCACGUCGCCAAGACAUCAUAUGGCGAUGAUUCUAUCGAGAAGUUGAUGAAGUACAUCAACGAAGAACUUGUCAUCCCUGGACUUGGAAUAUCCGAUGCCUCGGAGCCAGAAUUGACGACACUCGCGUUCUACCCGGAUCUAGCCCAGCCUGCGUUCGCGAACAUGAUCAGUGUUCGUGCGCAGAUUGGCUGGAGUACCCAUGGCCACUCGGCUGUAGACGUCAACGUCUAUAGUUCAGGCGGCCCUGGGACAGAUGCGAUUCGGGGCAACGUAGAGAACACCGAGGUUGGCAAGUUUUUGAGGGAGUAUCUGGAUGUCGACGUAGAAGCCGUCACGAAAGAACUCAACGAGAAGUCAGACCCGAAGCCAAGACUUGGCUUGGUCGGCCAUGAACUAGCGGUAGAGAUUGUGAGCGAAUCUGAUACUCCAGAGGAUCACUGGGCGGCGCACGAGGAGAUGGAGCAGCACAGGAUAGAAGAGGCUACCGAGUCAGAAGAUAUGGAUUCUUGA